UAGCGUUAUGUUAUAGCUUCGAAUAUAUUCACGAUAUCAUCAAAUUACCAACACAUAUAAUCGUGAUGUGAAUUCAAUUUCAUUUGAAGAGACAUCACUAAACUAUGGUAUCCGAGUGACAGGAAGAAAUAGUAUGCCAUCACACCUCCACUUGUCAGUGAAUGUAUCCAACUUUUCACAUCCAUAAUACACAGUGACUUAUCAUAGGAAACUCCCAGACGUUUCUAGUUGAAAAUCCAUCAAAUGUAGAUGAGGUGUGCAUAUCAACAUUUGUACCUGGAAAUUUGCUGAGAUUGUGUCCCAACCAAUUCAGGAGAUUAUAGUGUAUAAAAUAAAUAUAAAUAUGGCUGACAACAGAGAAGAUGAUGAACUUAGUAUACCAAGAGCUGCUCUUAAUAAGAUGAUCAAAGAACUGAUACCAAACAUACGUGUAGCAAAUGAUGCAAGGGAGUUAAUCCUCAACUGUUGCACAGAAUUUAUCCACCUUGUAUCCUCAGAGGCAAAUGACAUUUGUAAUAAACAACAGAAGAAGACAAUAUCUCCAGAACAUGUAUUAGCAGCUCUGGAUAGCCUUGGCUUCAGUGGGUACAAAGAAGAUGCUGUAGCUGUUCUAGAGGAGGCUAAAGCUGUUGCUGCAAAGAAACGUAAAGGGAGUUCUCGUUUGGAAAAUCUUGGAAUCCCUGAGGAAGAACUGUUACGUCAGCAACAAGAGUUGUUCGCUAGGGCACGACAAGAGCAAGCUCAACUAGAACAACAGCAAUGGCUACAGAUGCAGCAAGCUUUACAACAACAACAGCAACAACAGCAACAGCAACAACAGAAUGAUGGUGAUGAUGAUUACUCAUAGUUAUAAUAACGUCUGCAGACCACAACACAAUUGCAAAGACAGCUACACAUACAGUCAGGAACAAAUAUACAUACAGGCCAGCAGAAACAACUGGGAUAACUACACAUACAGGCUGUCAAUCACAAGGGUGCAUAUACAGGCUGUCAUGGACAAUUACAUAAACAGAUUGUCAGGGACAACUGGACAUACAGGCUGUCAGGGCCAAGUAAACGUACAGACUGCCACAACUGCACAUAAUGGCUGUCAGGGAAAAUUAUACAAAGAGACUGUCAGUCAAAACUGCAUAUACAGAUUGUCAGGGACAACUACACAUACAGGCUAUCAGGGACAACUGAUGUCAGAUAAAAUAAAACAAACACAAUGACAUCAACAAAUACAAUGUACAUAACAGCAGAUAUGUAUCCUGAAGAUGACAGCUAUGUAGAUUCAAAAACUUUAAGCGGGUUCACUGUUCUGUGAUCCAGGAGAAAAGAUAAUAGCCAAGAAGACAGUACUGUUGGUAAUUCUACCACAUGCUGGAAUGAAUUGAUUAAAGGCUUAAAAGACUGCUGUUAGUUUCCCACAUGGUUUACUGGAAAUCUGCAAGAUUUACUAGAAGUCUGCAACGUUUACUGUUACUCUGCAAGGCCUGAUAUUUAUCCUUUUUAAAAUUUAAGUAAGUCUUUAACCCUGUUAUAUCAUAAAAGUUGUCUACAAGGACAACUGUAAGUAAACAGGACUUACUUCAUGUCUUUUUAAAUAUUUAUGGCAUUCUUUGAUGAAAUGGGAAUUAUUUCUAGUUCUGAUUUAAAACAAGGUGUGUUUCUUGGGUUUGACUGUAUAAGAGAAGUUAUACCACAGUACAUGAGGAUUCAGGCAGGUAUGAAGUAUACUUUAGUGGGGCAUUUGAAACUCAAAAUAAUGUGAAAUGUGUUCCAAUGAAAUUGAAAAACAUAUUUUCUAUAAGGACAUAUCUAUCUGCUUCUUGUUGGAUACCAUUGUAUUGUAAGGUUGAUUUUGUUUCUCAGAUACGUGUGCAUGGUCUGAUUAUUUUGUUGUAUUAAUUUGUAUCCUUAUAUAUUAUGUCAUUAUUCAUCAUCAAUAAAUUUCACAUUACUCAUC